AUGACAGAACCGCGUAUGCGUCUGCGCCAAAAAGGCCAGCAAUUCCCUACCCAAGACUUAGAAGCCUUCCUCCUCGCCUUCGGCGACAACGACUACCCGCUCCCCGAAACCGUCCGCGUGCUCGACGAAAUAAUAACAGACUACAUCAUCGAAACCUGCCACGAAGCCGCGUCGGUCGCACACCACGCGCGGCGCGCGAAAAUCAAACUCGACGAUUUCAAGUUUAUGCUACGCAGGGAUACGGGUAAGUUGGGCAGGGUGAGCGAGAUGCUGGAGACGGAUAAGGAGUUGAAGAGGAAGAGGAAGGCGUUUGAUACGGAUGAGGGGGCUGUGCUGGCGGAUAGGGAGAGGGUGGCGGAGAGGGUCGAGGCCAAGGAAGAUGGAGAGGGCAAGGGAAGGAAGGAGGAGGGGGAGGAGGAGAGGAGGAGGAAGAAGAAGAAGAAGAGGAGGGAGGGGGAAGAGGGGAAGGCUGCGUGA